AUUAGCUUUCAUAGCCAUCUGUACAUUUAGCCAAGUGCAGUUUGUGAAAUGUCCAACUCUGUGAUAGAGAAUCUGGAGGAGGAGAGAGUUGAAGAGGGGAAUGUUGCAGAGGAGGCAGAGAUGGAAUAUGAGGAACCCAUUACAGGACGAUAUGUGUUCUACAAGGACAGAAAAGAGUGGGCCGAUCUAGAACCCGUUCCUCAAGAUGAUGGGCCUAACCCUGUGGUGAAGAUCGCUUAUUCAGAGAAAUUCGCAGACGUAUUUGACAUGUUUCGAGCGCUCUUGAAGAACGAUGAGAAGAGUGAGAGAGCAUUUGCACUGACCGCUGAAGCCAUCGAUCUCAACGCUGCCAAUUAUACAGUAUGGCACUACAGGAGAGUUUUACUGCAGGCUCUAGAUAAAGACCUGAAAGAAGAGAUGAAGUAUAUCACAGCCAUCAUCGAAGAUCAGCCCAAGAACUACCAAGUCUGGCAUCACAGGCGGAUGGUGGUGGAGUGGCUGAACGACCCAUCAGAGGAGCUUCAGUUUGUAGCAGAAAUCCUCAGUCAAGACGCCAAGAACUACCAUGCGUGGCAGCACAGACAGUGGGUCAUACAGGAGUAUAAACUUUGGGAUGGAGAGCUGGAGUAUGUUGAGGAACUGUUAGAGGAGGACGUAAGAAAUAACUCUGCAUGGAAUCAGAGACAUUUUGUCAUCAGUCACACCAGUGGAUACUCCGAUCCUGCCGUUCUGGACAGAGAAGUGCAGUAUACUCUAAAACAAAUCAAGAAGGCACCCCACAAUGAGAGUGCUUGGAACUAUUUAAAAGGGAUUCUGCAGGAUGGGGGGCUUUCCUCGUACCCUGGACUGCUGGAACAAGUGAUGGAGCUUCAGGACUCAUGCAGUUCUCCUUAUCUCACCGCCUUCCUGGUCGACCUCUAUGAAGAUGCUCUGGAGACCAAUAACUCAAGCUUUAACCAGCAAGACACACUCAACAAGGCUGUAGAGCUUUGUAGGUCGCUAGCUGAGGAGAAGGACACCAUUAGAAGGGAAUACUGGAAUUACGUGUCCCGCUCUCUCCAGAACACAUAUGGCUUGGGUGACUCCGCCCCCUCCUCUUCUGACCCACCCCAUUCCUCUUCCGAGUAGCCUGAUGAGGAUCCCAGUGACCCCUGAGGAGAGCCACACGCCUUGAUACAUGCUUAGAGGGAGCAAGAAGAAUUACUGAGAGCAGAGCUGACAGGACUUUUUAUCUGAGUAUGAUUGCGUGCAGCUAAGCUUUACUGUAUUAGUAAAAGCUUUUGUUAUAGUACUUGUACGUCAAAGAACAGUGUAAAUUAGCUAUUUGCUUAAACACUCAUAGUGAACUGUACGCUUGAGUUAUGGAUAGUGAAAUGGAAUUGUACAGUGGGAGUUUCAUGGGAAAAUCAUGUAUGUUUAUUUGGGUCUCACAAAAACAUGUCCAGGUCAGGUUUCAAUUGAAAAAAUAAUAUUUUUCAUUAUUAUAAGUAAAUUGAGCUGAUAUUUAGCAUAAAGAAAAUGAAGCACAUAUUAAAGGCCAUUAUUUUGGUUUGAUUAUUAUUAUUAGAUUCUUUUUACUGUUAUACAAACAUUUUACUGUAUAUAUUACAUACAUAUACGCCUAUUUCAUUCACUGUAUUAAAUGUAAAGGCAUAAAGUGUCAAUGGAAAUCGACCAUGCAUGGUUACAACUCUGGACCACGAAGAAAUGGAAAUGGCAAACAAGCACACUUAUGAUGUGUUCCAUUCAAAUGAUAUCACCAUGAUGUAUAAAUACAAUAAAAAAAAAAUAAUAA